CAUCAGAUGAUGCUGGGAGGACGCCUGUAUCAUAAGACUUCCAAAAUAGACGGUGACAAAUGGGUGUGCUUGGACAAGCAAUUCAACAUCUCUCCAAGGAGAUGUCUCAUUUUCUCCUUUGGUAUCGGUGCCGAUUGGUCUUUUGAGGAUGAGGCUGAAGGAAAAUUGGGCUGCAAGGUGUUUGCUUUUGAUCCGACAAUUAAAGAAGACACACACAACCGAACAGAAAACAUACGUUUCUUCAACCUGGGCAUCAGUGACUUCAACAAGACUGGACCAAAUUUCAAAGUAAAGACGAACCGUUACUGCAACAUUCUCAAUGGGCUUGGUCAUCUCAACAGCAUCAUUGAUAUCCUCAAGAUUGACGUAGAGGGAAGUGAACUUCGCUUCUUUCGAGAUGUUCUUGAGGAAACACCUAAUCUCCUUAAAAAUGUUAAAUUCAUAGCAAUGGAGGUGCACAUUGGGGGAAAAAUCACAGAAAUUGGGAGAAGCCAUAGGUUAUUCUGGAAAUACUUUCAACUAUUGGACUGUUUUGGCUUCAAGCUUCAAAGGACUCAAGCCCAUUACUCCCGCAUCAGCUACACCAGUGGUUCUCAAACUAUGGGUCGCGAGAUCAAUUUUGAUGGGUCGCAGGGACACAGGAACAUUAUCAUGCUUUCAGUGUUUCAGUGUAUUUCAGUUGCUUAA